AUGUCGCUUUCCCAAACCCUUGUCCAGCUCGAGGCAUCGUUGACAGCUUUCCUCUCGGUGCUGACCAACGAUGGGGUCAAGAAAGAAUUGCAAGACCUGUUGCACAAUGAAGAAACUUUGCCAGAUAAGGAGGUCUUGAAGCGUGCUACCUCCGUAGUGGAUAAGCUGGGGGAAAUGCAAUCAAUAUUGGAACCGGCCCACCUCAUCCUCGCCGACCAUUUCUUUGGAUACACUGAUACCAAGUGUCUCGUUGCAGCGGUAGAUCUGGAUGUUCCUGGUCAUCUCGCCGAUGGUUCAAAAACAUUGGAGCAGUUAGCUACGGCGACCAAUGCAACGCCACUUAGGCUCGGCCAAAUCCUUCGUCCUCUCUACACCAAGGGAGUCUUGUCCUAUGAACCUGCAACGGAGAAAUAUGCUUUGAAUCAUGUAUCCAGACUCUUACUCAAGGAUCAUGUAACUCAGUGGCAUAACUGGGUGACUCUGUACGGCAAUCAAUUUUUCGAUAUCGCAAGAGGCAUCCCAGAAGCUGUUCGUGCAGGCUCUACUCGAUGCGCCGCACAGGUCAACUUUGACACUGACUUGGAUAUGUUUGCUUAUUUUGAAAGCCAAGGCUGGAUCCCGCAACUACAUAAGACCCUUGGAGGGGGUGCCAAGGCCAUGGCCCCUGGAAUUCUGGCGGAUUAUCCUUGGCAUGAGAUUGGAGAUAAAACUGUCAUGGAUAUCGGAGGAGGCAGUGGAGCUCUACUAGCUUCGCUCCUACGAGCUAACCCUGGGAUGUCGGGAGCUCUAUUUGACCGGCCGGCGGUGAUAGAUCACAUCAGUCCAUUCUUCACUAAAGGUGGUCAUUUUGAAGACCUGGAAAGCCGAGUGCCUCGCGAUAAUCUCAUAUCUGGGGACUUUUUAGAAGUAGUGCCCAAGUAUGAGGUUUACACAAUGAAGUGGUGCCUCCAUGACUGGGAUGAUGACAAGGUUGUCAAGAUUCUGAACAACAUUCGGGAGGCCAUGAUUGUGACCGAAUCGAGCCGCUUGGUAGUAUUGGAGUCCGUCUUGUCCGACACUCGAAGUGGUAGGCUUUCGGUGUACGGAGACAUCAACAUGAUGAUGACUGUCAAUGGCCAGGAACGGACAGAAGCUAAAUGGAAUGAACUAGCGAAAAGGGCUGGGUGGCGGACCGAGAGGAUCUGGCCGUUAAGGAAUGCUUGGGUACAGGCUAUUGAUUUGAGGCCAUAA